CAUAAACUCAUAAGUACCUCUACCACUAACAUAAUAUCUUGUUCUUGCAAGAGUAGUUGAGUUGAGUGAGUCAUGGCUAGCUUGGUGCUAACUAGGGUUGUUUGCUUGGCCAUUGUGUGGCUUGCACUUGGUGCAACCAUAGUUCCCAAGGCACAAGGAGAUGUGACAUGUGGUCAAGUUGUGAAUAACUUGACACCAUGCAUUUCCUAUGUGGUUUAUGGUGGAGCCACUGUUCCUUCUCAGUGCUGCAAUGGGAUCAAGAACCUCUAUAGCUUGGCUCAGACCAAACCUGAUCGUCAAGCCGUUUGCAACUGCAUAAAGGGUAGUGUUAGGAACAGUGGUUUUACCUACUCAAAUUUUAACCUCAACCUUGCUGCUGGCCUUCCCAAGAAAUGUGGGGUUAACAUCCCUUACCAGAUCAGCCCCAACACAGAUUGUAGCAGGGUGCAGUGAGAGGGUGAUGAAUGAUGUUUUAUGCUAGUAGUGUUAGAAUAAGAGGCCAGGUGACAUGACAAGGGAAUGGCUAGAAAUUAAAUAUGGAGUAGUAAUUGGAAGAAAUGGAUGUGAGGCUUGUACUUGUGCUCUUGUAUGUCUAUGGAUUAUAGUGUGUAACUGAGUUUGUGGUGUUGUUUGUGUACGCUUAUUGUAGCCGAUGGCAUUAGUAGAAAUUAAAUAGGGAGUUAUUGGAAGAAAUGGAUGUUUAAGCUGUUGUUGUCACUUAUUAAUGAUAUGCGCAGUUUAUUAUGGGAAUA